CAUGCUUUUAGGAGCAUUUCCGAUUAGCUCGAAAAAUUCAUCAGCCACGUCCGCCAACAAAAGCGGAAGAUGUCGGUUUUGCUUUUUAUGCGGCGGUUAUGUUUUGUUUUUGGUCUUGGGUGCAGCGAUGUUCUCAGCCAUUGAAGCGCCAAAAAUUGAUGUGAUUUCGCAACGAGUGGAAACAUUUCGAAAUCAAUUUCUGGAUAAACAUGCGUGUUUAAAUGAUGAUGAUUUGGAGGAAUUCCUUAAAGCUGUCAUUACGGCCAAUGAUCGUGGCAUAUCACCGCUACGCAAUGCCACUAAUGAAAUGAAUUGGAGUUUUGGCCAAGCCUUAUUUUUCUCCAGUACUGUUAUAACAACAAUUGGUUAUGGUCACGUAACACCCCUCAGUCAAACGGGUAAAAUAUUUUGCAUGAUUUAUGCGGCAAUUGGUAUACCGUUGACACUGGUCCUGCUGAGUGCCAUGGUUGAGAAAUUGUUAAUACCGGCUAAUUGGCUAUUGGGCAAAUUAAAUUCGAGAUUAGGUCAUUUGUAUCAACCGUUUAAUAUUCGUGUUAUGCACUUGACCAUUGUGGUGAUAAUUGUUCUAUUGUUAUUCUUUGCCAUACCAACUGCUGUUUUCAGUUAUUUGGAACCAACAUGGGGUAUACUGGAUGCCUUCUAUUAUUGUUUCAUCUCGUUAACGACAAUUGGCUUGGGUGAUUAUAUACCCGGUGAUGGUGUUUCCAUUGAUAAUCGUUCGUUAUAUAAAAUGUUAAUUACCGCCUAUUUAGUAUUGGGUCUCAUUGCUAUGAUGCUGGUCUUAACAAUAUUUUAUGAUAUUCCACAAUUGAAUUUGGGUCAACUGUUUACCGAAAGUACACUUGGCGAAACUGAAAAGUUACGAUUAGCAGGAAAUAAUACAACAUGCUAUUCUGGACCGUCUGGCCUGUAUAUGCCGCAGCGUAACGAAGAUACAAGACGUGCCGUUGUACGUAUUCGCCCACAUGGUGGUGAUGAUUCACCCAGUCCCGAUGAGGUACCAUCUUCGUCAUCACAGAGCAGAGAUUUACGUAUGCCAUAA